AUGGGCAACUCAAAACUUAAGAUUUUUUUACAUCAUUUUAAAAUGAUAAUGCUGAGUGUGGGUCAGUGUAAGGAGUUGGACAAUGCUGCGAGGGCCCGGCAGGCCCCGAUGUCUCCCUCCGAUUUUCUGGACAAACUGAUGGGCAGGACGUCUGGAUAUGAUGCCAGGAUAAGACCGAACUUUAAAGGUCCUCCAGUCAAUGUUUCCUGUAACAUUUUCAUCAACAGCUUUGGCUCCAUUGCUGAAACCACCAUGGACUACCGUGUAAAUAUCUUCCUCCGUCAGCAGUGGAAUGACCCCAGGCUCGCCUAUGCUGAAUACCCAGACGACUCUCUGGACCUGGACCCCUCUAUGUUAGACUCCAUUUGGAAACCUGACCUGUUCUUCGCCAAUGAGAAGGGGGCCCAUUUUCACGAAGUCACUACAGAUAAUAAGCUGCUCAGGAUAUUUAAGAACGGCAAUGUUUUGUACUCUAUAAGACUAACAUUAACUCUGUCAUGCCCCAUGGAUCUGAAGAACUUCCCUAUGGAUGUUCAGACAUGUAUCAUGCAGCUGGAGAGCUUUGGUUACACUAUGAACGACCUGAUCUUUGAGUGGCAAGAGAAUGGACCAGUCCAAGUAGCCGAAGGCCUCACGCUCCCACAGUUCAUCCUCAAAGAUGAAUCAGACCUCAGAUACUGCACCAAGCACUACAACACAGGUAAAUUUACUUGCAUCGAAGUGCGGUUCCACCUGGAGCGUCAGAUGGGCUACUACCUGAUCCAGAUGUACAUCCCCUCUCUGCUCAUCGUCAUUCUGUCCUGGGUCUCAUUCUGGAUCAACAUGGACGCUGCCCCAGCCAGAGUGGCGCUGGGCAUCACCACCGUCCUCACAAUGACAACACAGAGCUCAGGCUCCAGGACUUCACUGCCGAAGGUCUCUUAUGUCAAGGCCAUAGACAUCUGGAUGGCAGUGUGUCUUCUCUUCGUCUUCUCUGCACUGUUGGAGUACGCUGCCGUCAACUUUGUGUCGAGGCAACAUAAGGAGCUGCUGCGAUUCAGACGACAUCACAAGAGCAAAAGCAAGACCAGUGGAGGUGCAGUUGAUCCAGAGGAGCUAGCUGAGUCCCUCCGUCGUGUUAAUGUUGACAACGGCCUCAAACCGACAGACCCUCCUUAUGGAUCUAUGAGCAACAUCUACACCAGCGAUCACAGGGUGAAGCGGAAGGUGGAUAGUAUGACUCUUAGGGGUUACGCCUCCUAA